UGCACAUGAGUGACCGAGCAGGAGGGGCGUUUGCUUCGAUCGCCAUCCAAUCGGCUGCCUUGAAUAGGUGGGCCAAAAUGCGGAUUGCUUGCCGUUUUGGAUCUAGUGGUGAUGUGAAGUGUGCUACCAUCACCACUAACCCUUUCGCUCUGGAAGGCUCUAGAAACGCCACCGAAGCAGGCAGGCAGGCGAGUUAAAAUCGGGCAGCCACCAAGGCAAGAGACUGAAAUUACAGACCACAUCAUGGAAGACGAAAUUCAGUCUUCGAUAACACAAGAUAUCUUCGAGUUGCUGGCACUCUACGGGAUCAAUGAUUGCAGCCAUGAGCCAGUCAGGCAACACAUUCUUGGCAUUGCUAACUUCGUCCGUGAAUCUCGGCUUAAGGCUGGAAUAAAUGGCGCGCCGGCUCGUCUAGCAAAGCAAACUUGCUGGCAUCCUCAGGCACCUACAGACCAAAUACGUGGAUCUUAUCGCAUCCACUCAAAUGCCGAGAAACGAGGCCGAACAGAUUACACUGGGUUGGAUGGGCCAUCCAAAAAGACAAGAACGAAGGAGGAGUUUGCGGCACCAGUAGAAAACAGUCACACCAACCAUCGUACGACAAUACCCGAUCAAUCCUCCAGUGCCGAAGAGCGAAUGGUCAGCGAUGCCGCUGCCCUUACUCAUGUUGAAGAGACGCAUCAGAUCACCGGUAGCUUAGCGCAGCGUGAGGCAGAGUUGGCAACGACAAGCUCGUUGGAAACGUCACCUUCAACAAGGGCACCCACGGAUCAUCUGACCAACUACACGAGCUGUAGGCAGACAGCUGCAGACCCAGGCACCGGUCAGGCCUCUCGCGUUGCGUGCAGCACUCUGCUCUAUCCUCCAUUGCUGCCAAAAUCAUUUGGAUCCAACUUGGCGGCUGAGGCGAUGAAGGCGAUCGAAACAACAUUGCUGGACUGUGCAAGGCUGAAUUAUACGCUCGGCAGAUACGGGCAUACAAGCAAGGAGGUUACAGUGACGACAAGAAUCGAGAAAAUCCGAAUUUUUGCAGAACAGCUCGCUGGGCUCAAAUACGAUGACGCUGUGAAUGCCGUCAAGAGGGAGCAGGGGAUUGUCGCCGGCAAGGAUAUCCAGGCUCGAUGGAACGAAACAAUAUACUGGGACAUCAUCACGAACGGUGCAAAGUUUCUUGAUCCGACCAAGUUACGUACCGCGAAAGGACGUCUGGAUAAUUUCAGUAUGGCCGAGAAGGUCGCGACUGAAAGAUUCAUGGCCGAAGCCGGCUAUGGAACAAGCUGGGCAAAUCAGCGUCGGUGUCGUAGACUAUGGAAGAGUCUGUCCGACAUGCGAAAAGCUGGCAUCGAUAGGAUACUAUUUUAUCGCACGAAAGAGUUCGACAGCUUUUGCAAGAAAUACCCUGAAGACGCGGAGACGUCUUUAGUGAAGACGGUACUAUCGUGGGAAAACGCAUACGAGAGACUGAAGGUUCCAGAGCCAGAGGCGUCAUGGAAUAGCGCCAGGAAUCCGUGGCAUUCCGACGCGGAAGCGGCCGAUUUCGAAUCGAGCUUUGGAUCAAUUGAGGCGUCAGGUGAACAGCUGGGAGGUCUAUUCGACAUCCAUAUUGCAUCGGGCGAGAAGCGAAACGGCGGGAAUCGAAACAAGUCCAUCUUUGUCAGCCUGCUUCCCCGAGACGAGAAUUCCCUUCUUGUCUGCCCUAUCAUCACAGUUCAGGAAGGAGACUUUUUGGGAGUUUUCGCGGGGCGUAUCCGGUACUCAGAGCAUUUCGACACCACGUACGGCAUUCCUGGUCCUAAAGAGAAAGGGAAUCUCUGGUUAGAUUACUCGCACGUUACUGGGGCGCUCAAUUUGAUGGGUGUGACGCAGCAAGAUAGUGACGCGAAUGUACAUCUCCAAUGGGAGCUUUGCAACGAGCAGGUUGGAAAUGAGUUGUGUCGCGCGUGGAGGGUUUCAGUUCGGGCUCUUCGGACGAUUAAGCCGUUUGAAGGGAUUGUCCGUGUCGCUCCCCACAAAAAGCAAUACCUUUUGCAUCAGGGGUCCGCUUGCGCAAGGAGGGGGUAUAUGAGAGCUGGUGGUCCUUGAAGUCUUGACGGAGAAUACGUCGUCUACUGACCGCCAUGUUUUGCUAUGAGUAUCCUAAAACUUUCUCUAGGCGUGAAGUGCGAAGUAGAAAGGUUCACUCACGGGAUCUCAAGCAUUCAGCGAGGUGAAUAAGCUUGUGCGGGUUGAAACGAUUGCACUACCAGGCCGUCGCGAUCUAGCGGGCUCGAUCUCGGUUGAACGCUACCACCUGCUGCACACGCAGCGUAUUCUGCAUUGUUUGCAACAUUGCUAAAAGCUACGAAGGCAUAGGCUUUUGGGUGCUUAACCCCUUGGGCGAGAAACGCUUGUGGUUUAUGCCGCCAAUGGC